AUGGGUCUCAAUAAUCCAAUUCCAAGAAGUUUGAAGAGUGAAUCAAAGAAAGCUGCCAAAGUUCUUUCGUCGUUUAUAAAGCCGAACCAGGUUGCCGGCCCGGAUCAGAUCAUUCCUCCAAACAUUUUGAAGAAUGCCAAAGGACUUGCAGUCAUCACCGUUUUAAAAGCCGGAUUUCUUUUCUCUGGGAGAGCAGGUUCUGGUGUUAUAGUAGCAAGGUUGCCUGAUGGAAGCUGGUCUGCACCAUCUGCCAUUGUCACUGCAGGAGCAGGUGUAGGGGGUCAAAUUGGUGCAGAAAUCACUGAUUUUGUUUUCAUUUUGAAUUCAAAAGCAGCGGUUGAUUCUUUUGCUCAAUUGGGUUCAAUUACCUUGGGUACCAAUAUAUCUGUUGCUGCAGGUCCAUUGGGUAGAAAUGCCGAAGCUGCAGGUACUGCUUCAUUGAAGAGUGCUUCAGCCGUUUUUGCCUAUUCUAAAACCAAAGGUUUAUUUGCAGGUGUUUCAUUAGAAGGUUCAGCAAUUGUGGAAAGAAGAGAUGCAAAUCGUAAGUUUUACGGUCCUAAUUGUAAAGCAAGAACUAUUUUGGCCGGCAGAGUUGAUAUUCCACCUGCUUGUGAUUCCUUAAUGAGAGUUUUGGAAAGUAGGGUUUUCAAUAAUAGAUUACCUUAUGAUGACGAUGAAUUUUAUAAUGAUGAUUAUUACGAUGAUAUCCCUUCUCCAUCAGAAUUCUCAGAUACAACCUCUGAAUAUUCAUCAAGAAGAGGUGAAAGAAGAAGAGGUGGUGCAGCAGGUAUCCAUUCAAUGGGUAGUAGAAGAUAUAGUGAUGAAUAUGGCUACUCUGAUGAUGAUUAUUCUGAUGAUGAUUCUUAUUCAAGAGGUGAUUACAGCAGAUAUAAUAGAAAACAUGGUGGUGCAAGUGGUGGUAGCUCAACAAGAAAGGCUACCAAUUCUCGUAGAUCAGCUUGGGAAGAUGAUAUUUAUGAUAAUUCCGCUUCAACCAAUUCGAGAAGACGAACAAAUAGUGAUGUUGAUAAUUUAAAUUCUAGAUUUUCCAAUACUAGAAUAAGCUCAAAUGGGGCAGGUAGUCCGUCAAGACCUUCAUCUUCUAAACCAUCAUUUGGAGGUUCAAGCUCUGGUGCUAAUGGUAAUCAAGCAAUAGCAUUAUAUACUUUUAAAGGUGAACAAACUGGAGAUUUACCAUUCAAUAAAGGUGAUGUAAUUGAUAUUUUGAAAAAAUCAGAAACCUCCGAUGAUUGGUGGACUGGUAGAAAUAACGGUACUACCGGUAUAUUCCCUGCGAAUUAUGUCCAAUUAAUAUAA